AAUGGAUUUUGUGUUAGACCAAGCAAAACUGCUACCUUUGGCCAUCAUCCUGUUUCAUCAUCUCAACUCCCUGGUGCAAUAUGAAGCAGCGUCCACUUGGGGUUAUAACACCGAUCACCAUGCUCUGAUGGAGUUCAAAAACGGGGUGGCGGCAACUGGAGACCAUUUGGCAACCGUACUGAGCUCGUGGAACGACACAAUUCACUUCUGUGAUUGGCAAGGUAUCACAUGCAACCAGAACAGUCGGCGUCAUCAGCAGCGGGUGACUGCAUUGAGCCUACCAUCACAGAGGUUGACAGGAUCCUUAUCGCCUUAUUUAGGAAACCUCAGCUACCUCCAAGAACUCAACCUUGGAAACAACUUUUUACAAGGAGAGAUCCCGCAGGAACUUGGUAAGCUUAACCUACUGAGAAUCUUAAAUGUCACCGAUAACCAUUUUGGUGGUCAGAUUCCUUCCAACAUAUCCAACUGCAAGGCGCUCACGCACCUGGAUCUGGGCAACAACGAGCUCCAAGGGGAAAUACCAAUGGAAAUCACUAGUUUGUCAAAGCUAAAAACACUGCACCUCCUUGUCAAUAAUCUGACUGGUCCAAUCCCACAAUCCAUAGGAAAUCUUUCCUCCCUCACCACUCUGACCAUGGGAAGAAAUACUCUGAGUGGGAGUCUUCCUGCUGGGAUAGGUAUGAUUCCGCAGUUACAAUUUCUUCAAAUUGCCGAAAACCAACUCCAUGGUGUGAUCCCUCCAUCCAUCUACAACCUCUCCUCUCUUACUUUCAUAGCCCUUGCAACAAACAAACUACAAGGAAGCCUACCCCCAGACAUGGGGCAAUUACUUCCAAAUCUCAGCACGCUCUACCUAGGAGACAACCAGAUUACUGGAUCAAUCCCGGCAUCAAUAACAAACUUGUCAAGCCUGGCUAAUCUUGACUUGGCCUAUAAUAACUUUACCGGGCCGGUGCCUACUGACCUGGGCAGGUUGAGCAACCUCGUAUGGUUUAACUUGGAAGGUAAUCAGCUGGGCUUCAGAGACAGAUAUGGCUUGGAUUUCAUCACCUCCUUGAGCAAUUGUACCAGCCUAGAAACUCUUGAUAUAUACAAUAAUAAUUUUGAAAGCCAGCUGCCUAUUUCAGUGGCCAAUCUCUCCACACGGCUAUCCAUGUUAAUCCUUGCCGGAAACAAGAUUCAUGGUCACAUACAUGAAGGUAUAACAAAUCUGGUUAGUCUCACAGUGCUGCGCUUGGAGAAUAAUGAUCUCCAAGGUCCGCUUCCCAUCACUAUUGGUAGGCUUGAAAAUUUGCAGCUUUUGAGUGCCUCCAGCAACAAACUUUCAGGCCAAAUUCCAUCCUCUAUUGGCAACCUGACUCAAUUAAUUGAUCUGCGCCUGGCUGACAACUUAUUGCAGGGUGGGAUUCCCUCCACCCUUGGUAAUUGUAAAAUUUUGCAAUUAUUUGACCUAUCAGAAAACAUGCUAAACGGCACAAUACCUCCACAAGUGAUUGGCAUUCCUUCUCUUGAAAUCUUCUUUGGUGUGUCAGGAAAUUCAAUUACAGGUUCCUUGCCCGCGGAGGUUGGUAAGUUGCAGCAUUUAAGAGAGAUUGACCUCUCUGAAAACAGAAUUUCAGGUGAAAUUCCUGGAGCAUUAGGUGAUUGCCAAAGCCUGGAAUAUCUACACAUGCAAGGAAACAUAUUUCAGGGAGUCAUUCCUAUCUCGCUCAAUAACCUGAAAGCUAUUCAAUACCUUGAUCUCUCCAGGAAUAAAUUAUCAGGACGAAUUCCAGAAUAUUUAGGGAAACUCCAUUCUCUAGCUUACCUGAACCUAUCCUCCAAUAAUUUGGAAGGUUUAGUGCCACAAAGUGGAGUGUUCGAAAUUGCCAGUGCCAUAUCAAUCCAAGGGAACACCAACCUUUGCGGUGGUGCCGGAUUCCUGCGACUACCUGCAUGUCCCAAUGAAAUUUCAAUAAACAAGAGAAGUGUUACUCUUCUAUCUUGCUUGGGUGUAAUGUUUUAUUGUAGGAAAAGGUCCACAGAAAGGCCUCCCUCUCCCACAGUGGCCAGUUUAUUGGUUGAAUCCUACAUGACAGUUUCAUAUAAAGAGCUCUUUGAUGCAACUGAUGGUUUUUCUGUAGCAAAUAUAGUAGGUGAAGGAAGCUAUGGUACAGUUUAUAAAGGAAUUUUAGGAAACAGAGGAACAAUGAUUGCUGUGAAGGUGCUCAAUCUUCAGCAGCAGCAAGGUGCUGCUAUCAGUUUCCUGAGAGAGUGUGAGGCUCUCCGACACAUCCGACAUCGCAAUCUGAUAAAGAUUUUGACCACUUGCUCAAGUAUUGAUCUCAAUGGUCAAGAAUUCCAAGCUUUGAUUUAUGAGUUUAUGAGUAAUGGAAGUUUAGAAGAGUGGUUACAUCCAGAUAUCACUAGGUUGCAAGAUCGGAAAGUCCUACAAAUUAUUGACAGACUAAACAUAAGCAUUGAUGUAGCUACAGCCUUGGACUAUCUUCAUCAUCAAUGCCAGGCACCUAUAGUUCAUUGUGAUCUCAAGCCAAGCAACAUACUUCUUGAUGAUGACAUGACUGCCCAUGUAAGUGAUUUUGGCUUAGCGAAGAUUCUUCUCAGCAAUGUACAAGAAGCAACAGAAACAAUUGGAGUAAAAGGAUCUAUUGGAUAUGUUCCUCCAGAGUACGGAAUGGGCAGUGGAGUAUCAAUUAAAGGUGAUGUCUACAGCUAUGGAAUACUACUGUUAGAGAUUUUUACAGGGAAGCGACCAACUGAAAAUAUGUUCACUGAUGGCUUCACACUCCACAGUAUGGCUGAGAAGGCAUAUCCAGAUCAAGUGCUAGAAAUCAUUGAUCCACAACUUCUUACACAGGGUGAGAAACCAAGUAACAGCAGAAUGCAGGAAUGCUUAGCAUCUGUCAUUGGGAUCAGUCUAUCAUGCACUAAAGAAUCACCAGGGGAACGGAUGGAGAUAAAAUAUGUUGCAAGAAAUAUGCAAGCUAUAAGGGAAGGUUUCUUGAAGGGGAUGGAUUAAUUCUGAGUAAAUAAUAUAUCCAGACAAGUUUGAUAUAGAAGCAAGUUGCUGAAUCAUCUGUCUGUUAUUGAAAUGUGCUGCAAAAUACAUAUGUAAAUCUUGAAUU